AUGAACGGAGUCUUCCGUCAACUACCGAAGAACGUACAUGUGUUCGUCGACGCUGACGAUAUCCUCAUCGUCACCACCGGACCCACGCCACGCCAUGUACGCGCGCUCGCGAAAUUGAACGAACCUGUGGAGCAUUGGGAUACUCCGUUGGUAAAUCUCCUGUCGUACAAGCUGGAUCAAUCCACUUUGCGAGCCUGGGAAGAGAAGACGAGCGAAAAGGACGACGUCAAGUAUGACGAACUGGUAGAAUUCCUCUACCAGCGUGUUCGAGUGUUAAACUCCGUUGGCUACGAUCAACAGCAGCAACCGGCAUCUUCAAAGGUGGCCGGUAGCACACCGAAGCCCUCCAAGUUCAAGUUCGCAGCAAACGCCACUGCAUCCUCCAGUUCGAAUGCUUCUUGUCCGCUGUCCUGUUCUGACAACCACGUCCUUCGCAACUGCCCAGUAUUCCUCGGGAAGGAUGUACGCCUUCGCCGAGAAUUCGUGACGCAGAAACGGUUGUGCUGGAACUGUCUGGGAAGCGGACAUCAAUCGAAAAAGUGCGCCUCGAAGUUUACGUGCCGAACGUGCCAUGAACGACACCAUUCUCUGCUGCACGAUUCCGGUACAUCCAAGGCAUUUUCGAGUUCCUCCGGAUCAUCAUCUUCUCCUGUACAGCAACCGAUUCCAUCCACAAGUGUGGGUCCUUCAUGUGGGAGCUCCGCUUCACCCAAUGUCAGCAUGGCAGUCCAAACUGCAUGCAGCAUCGUUCUGCUGGAAACGGUUGUCCUGAAUAUCGUCGAUGAUCAUGGCAGAAAGCAUCAGGCAAGGGCCUUACUGGACUCGGCGUCAAUGUCCAACUUCAUUUCGAAGCCGCUGGCGAAGCGGUUAUUCAACCCACGGUCAAAGGUGGACAUAUCAAUAGCAGGAAUCAGCCUCUCGACGCAGAACGUUAAAAGCGCUAUCACCGCAACGGUUCAAUCGCGGACGCAGGAAUUCUCCACGAAACUUCAAUUCCUAGUCCUCAAGAAUCCGUCAGCGGAGCUGCCUACAAUUCCGAUCAAUAUUUCGUCGUGGAAUUUCCCGGAUGUUACUCUCGCAGAUCCACGAUUCCAUAUCCCAGGAAGGAUAGACCUUAUCAUCGGAAGUGAAGCCUUCUGGGAGCUACACACUGGUCGGAAGAUUUCAUUGGGAAAUGAUCUUCCAUGGUUGACUGAAACGCCAUUCGGAUGGGCUGUCGCUGGAACAACAUCCAAUCAGUCAAAAUGCAUUCCUCGGAUCUGCAAUCUUUCGACAAAGGACGAUCCUCUAGAAACCGCACUCCUGAAGUUCUGGGAAAUCGAAACCAUCUCCGAUGGUCCACCACUAUCUGUGGAAGAAAAUCGCUGUGAGCAACACUACACAGCGACCACUACUCGUGAUCCAUCUGGGAGGUACAUCGUCAGUCUUCCUCGAACCGACAAUCCCGAAGUUGUCCUAGGAAGCUCCCGGGAAAUCGCAGAUCGUCGUCUUCGAAGCAUCGAGCGGCGACUCGAACGUGAUCCUGCUACCAAGGAUGCAUACCACCGCUUCAUUGACGAGUACCUCGAAUUAGGACACAUGAAUAAGCUUGACGAACCGGUAGACGAUGACAUUCCUCAUUGCUACAUCCCGCACCACGCUGUCUUCAAGGAGUCGAGUACAACAACGAAGGUCAGGGUCGUAUUCGACGCGUCGUGCAAGACGUCGUCGGGAUAUUCACUGAACGACACGUUAUUGGUUGGUCCAGUCGUUCAGGAAGAUCUUCAAGCACUGGUGCUGAGGUUUCGCAUUCGCUUCGUUGCUAUGGCUGCCGACGUGGAGAAAAUGUAUCGCCAAAUGCUUCAUUUCGCCAGCGACCGAAGAUUCCUACGAAUCCGCUUCAGGAAGAGCCCCACCGAUCCGAUUUCCACCUACGAACUGCAGACAGUCACCUACGGUACUGCGGCUGCUCCGUUCUUGGCCACGAGGACUCUGCAACAAAUCGCUUUAGAUAAUGGAGACCAAUUUCCAGUUGCUGUAGAAGCGGUGAUCCACGAUUUCUACGUUGACGAUUUUCUGUCUGGUGCCGACGAUGUAGAAUCUGCCAUCCAGCUUCGCAAGCAGGUAACAGAGAUGCUCAGUGCUGCUGGAUUUCCAAUCAAGAAGUGGGCAUCAAAUAUUCCUGAGGUUCUCCAGGACGUUCCACCGGAAGAUCUGGCACUCAACCCUCUACACGACCUACAAGAUGAGCCAGCCGUUUCAACUCUCGGUCUCGUCUGGGAACCAUCGAAUGACGUACUUCGGUUCAAGGUCCAGCUACCACUUCCCGCUGCGAUCCUGACGAAGCGUAAGGUGAUGUCUUACAUCGCUCAAAUCUUUGACCCGCUUGGUCUCGUGGGUCCUACGAUCGUUGUCGCCAAACUUUUCAUGCAGCGUUUGUGGGCCUUGAACAUUCAGCUUCACUUCUUCGCCGACGCCUCCAAGGGAGCGUAUGGGACCUGCUGUUACGUGCGGGCCGAAACUAGUGACGGUGUUUCAAUUCAACUUCUGACGGCCAAAUCCAAGGUUGCGCCGUUAUCCAGUCGGCAUUCGAUAGCCCGGCUAGAACUCUGCGCUGCACGAUUAUCGACGCAGCUCUACAAGAAGGUGAAUGCUGCCCUGAAGAUAUCUGCCACUGCUUUCUUCUGGACGGAUUCCACCACCGUUCUUCAAUGGCUACAAUCAUCGCCUAGCCGUUGGAAGGCAUUCGUAGCGAAUCGAGUAGCGCAAAUCCAGCACGCAAGCGACGUGAACUGCUGGAAACACAUUGCUGGCAUCGAGAACCCUGCUGAUGAUAUCUCGCGAGGACUGAAUCCAGUGGACCUUCUGCAAUGCAAGCGCUGGUGGAACGGUCCUGAGUGGCUGUCACGUGCUCCGGAAGCCUGGCCGAAACCAAUUCCAUCCGAAGAAGAAACGGGAGCGACUGAUGAAGAAGUUCGUAAGGCAACACUCGUUGCGAUGACCGUUGUUCAGGUGGACUUCUGCGACGAUUUGUUUGCUCGUUACUCUGGUUUCUCCAAGCUUCGUCGUGUUACAGCUGUCUGCUUACGCUACGUUCGUUCUUUACGAGAACGUGCAUCGCUGCGCCGUUCAGAUCCGGACAAGUACACCAGCAUCGGCAUUCAAGACAAGCCAAUUCCUCCACUCACCACCAUGGAACUUCAACGUGCAGAACUACGCCUAUGUCGUCUAGCACAACAGCAGACAUUUUCAGAAGAGAUUUCCGAUCUUGUCAGUGGUGAAAGAGUCGUUAAGUCAUCCAAGCUGAAGUGGCUGAGACCAUUCAUCGAUCAAGACGGUAUCCUUCGUGUUGGUGGCCGGCUGCGAAACGCUGAACUCUCCGACUUUGUCAAGCAUCCGAUCGUGCUCGCUGCCAAACAUCCACUGUCGACUCUGCUGGCUAGUUCUUUUCACUUGAAGCUUCUGCACGCAGGCCCGCAACUCCUGCUAGCCACUCUCCGCCAGAAGUAUUGGAUUAUGGGCGGCAGAAAUCUUGUAAAAUCCGUCUUUCACCAUUGCCACACUUGCUUUCGUAGCAAGCCCACACUAGUCCAGCAGAGCCCAGCAGAUCUACCGGCAUCCCGAGUCUCACCAACUCGACCCUUUUCCGUCUGCGGCGUUGAUUACUGUGGACCGUUCUUACUGAAGUCACCCGUCCGCAAUCGCAUCCCAACGAAGGCAUACGUAGCGAUCUUCGUCUGCUUCGCUACAAGGGCUGUGCACAUCGAGCUAGUGAGUGACCUUACUACAGCGGCAUUCCUAGCAGCUCUUCGUCGAUUAGUCGCCCGCAGAGGAAAGGUUGCUGAACUGCAUUCAGACAACGCCACUACGUUCAAAGGAGCCUCGCACGCACUGUACCGUGUCUACCAGAUGCUGAAGGUGAACGAUUCCGACCGUGAGAAAGUCCUGAACUGGUGUUCCGAGAACGAGAUCCGUCGGAAAUUUAUUCCACCUCGAGCGCCUCAUUUUGGAGGCUUGUGGGAGGCUGCCGUGAAGUCUGCGAAGAAGCACCUGUUGAAGACCAUCGGGAACAUCAGCAUCGGCUACGAAGACAUGUUGACUCUCCUAGCCCAAGUCGAGAUGUGCCUCAACUCCCGUCCGCUAACAUCAAUGCCGAGUGAGCCAUCCGAUAUGGAGGUUCUUACUCCAGGACACUUUCUCGUCGGAAGUAAUUUGCAUGCUGUUCCGGAAGCCGACCUGCGUGGGGUUCCUGACAAUCGCCUUAACUCGUACGAGCUGACCCAGAAACAUCUUCAGAACAUCUGGUCUCGCUGGUAUCCCGAAUACCUGCAACAAUUGCAGUCACGUGCUAUCAAAGGCUGCAAUCCACCUGUCACUGUGGAAGUCGACAGAAUCGUUAUCGUUAAGGAGGACAACGUUCUUCCAGCCAGCUGGCCGCUCGGUAGAAUUACCAAGCUCCAUCCAGGCAAGGAUGGUGUCGUCCGAGUCGUCACAUUACGAACAGCACCUGGCAAGGACAUCGUCCGUCCAGUAGCAAGGAUCGCUCUGCUACCGUCACCGAAUCCAGCCCUCUAA